AUAAUUAAUAUCAUUAAUUAAAUUAAACAUAUAAAUCACUUAAAAUUUACAUACUCUUGUCAUUAAUCUUUCAUUUUACCACGGAAGACAAUAAUUAUGAUAUCAUUAAUUUUAUAUCAUAUGAUUAAUUAUAAUAAAAUUUUUAAAGAAGAGUAGAAGAAAAAAAAGGUUAAAAAAAAGCUAAAAUUUAGAUAGUUGUCAAAGUUUAUUACCAAAUUAUCAACUUUUAGUUAAACCUACUUUUGAACCAAAUUAAAAAUAAUUUUGGGUGGUUCUAUUUAAAGGGGUGACACAAAUACAGAUUAACAUUUCCAAUGAGAUAAUGGUAACUUGACAAGUGGAUAUAAAGGUAUAGUUCAUGUAAAGAUAGUAGAUAAUGCAAUUUUAUAAAAAAUGCAGACUUUGUGUGCAGAAGUUGUACACAAUAUUGGCGCGAAUAUAGUAGUUGGGGAUGCAGAUUUGGUAAAAACACAUAAAAAGCAAGUGUAAAUGGCUCUCACAAAGAUUGCUGUAAAGCAACUCAUGUUGAAUUAUUUGUUGGGAGAUGCUAGGUGCACCCAGCAUUAUUGCUGGUGCACUCAAUAUUUUAUAAAAAUGCUAAAACUGUCCUUGCACCUUCUUUUUCCUUUAAAAAACUUUUUUUAUUUUUUAAAAACGACAUAGUGCUUCUUUCUCCAUUUUUGCGCAUCUUCUCCUUCGUUUUCUCUCUUUGGUGCGUAGUUCUUCACCAUAUUUUCUUCGUUUCCUUGCGAUAGGUUAGGUUCGGUGAAGGUGAAGGUGCUAAUGUUCAUUGUUGUGAUGGUUGGUUCGUCAGCAGUGGCAAACGAGAUGGACGAAAAUCAGUGGAUGUAUGAAAGUAUAAUGUCUAAAGAAGUGGAUAUGAAUUAUCAAAAUGAAGAAGAAUGUGGUGCGAAUGAACCACGUGUUGGUUGUUCCAUUGCGCUCAAUACUUCUCAGGUGUUUGACAACCGAGAGGAUGUUUUGCGGUGGGCUCGAUCCGUUCUUCAUGAAAACGGAUUUGUGGUGGUGAUUAUAAGGUCUGACACAAACACUGGUAGUAGAGGAAGGACUUCGUUUGUGUUAAUUGACUGUGAAAGGAGUGACGAGUAUAGGUGUAGGAAGAAAGAAUUUGUUAGAAGAGAUACUAGAACUAGGAAAUGUGGGUGUCCCUUCAAGCUUCAUGGCAAGCCAAUAGUUGGAGGACAAGGUUGGAUGGUGAAAUUGAUGUGGGAUUCAUAAUCAUGAAUUGGCCAAGUCAUCAGUUGGACAUCCAUAUAUUGGGUGAUUGACUAAAGCUGAAAAUACACUUAUUGUUGAUAUGAUGAAGUCAAUGGUGAAACCAAGAAACAUUUUGCUAACUCUGAAGGAACACAAUGCCAAUAGUUGUACGACCAUCAAAAGAACAUACAAUGCAAGAAGUCCAUACCGUUCUUCCAUAAGAAGAAGUGAUACUGAAAUGCAACAUCUCAUUAAGCUUCUUGAACGGAAUCAGUAUAUUCAUUUGCAUAGAUUAAAGGAUGAAAACGUGGUUCGUGAUAUCUUUUGGUGUCACCAUGAUGCAGUGAAGUUAGUCAACACAUGUAAUUUGGUGUUUUUGAUAGACAGU